AUGAAACAAUAUGCAGUAAACGACUGUACUGCAGUGACCGAAUUAUAUUUCAACCAUUAUCCACAAGAACCUGAUGAUCAACCAAUAACUCAAGUACUACCAAUAACAACACAAACAACUACAAUGUCAACACCAACAGUAACAUCAACAAAUAUUAUAAACAAGCGGGAGUAUGAAUUAUCUGACAUCAGUGAAGAUGAAUUAAUUGAAAAAUUAAAACCUCACUUUAACAAAACAGAAACAACAUCAAUAAUGGAAAAUGAUGAACCACCAGCACUUAUAAUCACAACAACCCACAUUAUCAAAAUCAGAACGACAACGCCGCAAGAAUAUGAAAUUAAAAUGGAAACAGAAGCAUCACUCGGAUUUUCAACACCGUUUAAGACGUCCAAAGAACUUUCGAAACUUUUAUUACCAUUAGUAAAAUCACGUUUAGAACAACAAAAAUAUUUACAUCAAUAUAUACGUGAUACUGCAGAUGAACAAACAUGUUUAAGUGGAAAACGUCAUCGAUUGAAAACAUAUUCAAAUUUAAUAUUUAAUAAUAAACAACAAACAUCAAUGAAUAUUAAAUUAUUAAAACAUAAAAAUGAAACAUUACUAAAAGACACUGAAAAUCAUGAACAACGUUUAGCGGAACAUUUAAAUAAUGAAUGAUAUUCACCACGUAGUUCAUUAGCUGUUAAUAUGAUUAUUUAUGAAAAACAAUGUGAUGUAGAACAUGAAUGUGGAAGAACAUUUAAACUGCUUUAUUUUAAUUAUACACCAUUAGAUGAAACAGAUUCAUAUAUACAAUUAGUUGAACCACCAUUCCUCAGACUUGAAUAA